AACCUUCCAAGUUCCAACAGGACAAGUAACCGCAUGGUAAUAAAGUCAGCAAUAAAUAUCUGUCGGAAUAUCUUUCUUCAACAGCUUUCUCCUUAGCAUCGUCAAAUCUGAAUAAGAUCCCUUUUUCGCUUCGUGUUCAGCACAUUCUGCAUUUUGUUCUUGGCUUUGUAAAAAAGGGGAAAAAAUUGUGAACGAAACUGUGGGGCAGAGUGAUUAAUACAAGGUCUUUUCCCUGUAUUCUAAACUGAAAGUGCAUAUUGGUGCAUGUUUGCCACAAUUUCAGGUGGUUGAUCAUUGUUUUCUGUAGUUUUGAUGGAUGGUUUACCAGACCAUUUAGUUUGGGAGAUUUUGGGGAGGAUCAAGAGAACCAAUGACAGAAACUGUGUGUCUUUAGCAUGUAAACGUCUUCAUGAGUUGGACAAUGAACAGAGACAAUCCAUUCGGGUCGGCUGUGGAUUAGACCCUGCAAACGAAGCUUUGACUUCCCUAUGCAAUAGGUUUCCAAACUUGGCAAAGGUGGAGAUAGCUUACUCUGGUUGGAUGUCCAAACUAGGAAAACAAUUGGAUGACCAAGGGCUUCUCAUCCUUGCCAGUUGCUGCCCUUCUCUGACUAAUCUUACCUUAAGCUACUGCACUUUCAUUACAGAUGUGGGUCUUCGUUACUUGGCUUCUUGCUCCAAGCUUUCUGCUUUGAAGUUGAAUUUCACCCCUAGAAUUUCAGGUUGUGGCAUAUUGUCUCUUGUUGUGGGUUGCAGAAAUCUAGCUGUUCUCCACCUUAUCAGAUGUCUGAAUGUUACCAGUGUUGAAUGGCUUGAAUAUCUUGGCAAGCUUGAAACACUUGAGGACCUUUCAAUUAAGAAUUGCAGAGCAAUUGGGGAAGGUGAUUUAAUUAAGCUAGGUCUUUGUUGGCGAAAACUGAAAAGGUUGCAAUUUGAGGUGGAUGCUAAUUACCGAUAUAUGAAAGUUUAUGAUAGGUUAGCUGUGGAUCGAUGGCAAAAGCAAUGGGUCCCGUGUGAAAAUAUGCUGGAGCUUAGCUUGGUGAAUUGCAUAAUCAGCCCAGGGAGAGGUCUUGCUUGUGUGUUGGGGAAGUGCAAGAACUUGGAGAAGAUUCACUUAGAUAUGUGUGUUGGGGUAAGGGACUGUGAUAUCAUUGGCUUAGCUCAAAGAUCAAGAAAUCUUCGGUUCAUUUCAUUGCGAGUUCCAUCCGAUUUCUCGCUGCCUCUUUUGAUGAACAAUCCUUUGAGAUUGACAGACGAGAGUUUAAAAGCUGUGGCUGAGAGCUGUUCGAUGCUUGAAUCAGUGAGGAUAUCUUUUUCUGAUGGAGAGUUCCCUUCAUUUUCUUCAUUUACAUUAAAUGGAAUGCUUACUUUGAUUCAAAUGUGCCCUGUUCGUGAACUUGCUCUUGACCAUGUGUAUUCAUUCAAUGAUCUUGGGAUGGAGGCCCUUUGCUCUGCUCAUUAUCUUGAAACCCUGGAACUUGUCAGAUGCCAAGAGAUUAGUGAUGAGGGUCUGCAGCUUGUGAGCCAGUUUCCCCAAUUACGCGUUCUAAGAUUGAGCAAGUGUUUGGGGAUUUCUGAUGAUGGCUUAAAGCCACUUGUUGGGUCAUACAAACUGGAAUUGCUGGCUGUUGAAGACUGUCCUCAAAUUUCUGAUCGAGGUGUUCAUGGAGCUGCAAAAUCUAUCAUUUUCAGGCAGGACCUGUCAUGGAUGUGCUGAUCUUGUCAUGGCCUCUUAUAUCAAACCAAUGUUUCGUUUGUUUACUUUUUUCAGCAUUUUCGCAAGCAUCCACUUCUUGUGAUCAAUCCAGAAAUCCUUUCUUUGCAUUCGUUUUUCCUUGUGAAUGUAAUAUAUUUAGUUUCUGUAAUUAGGUGAAUGAUUUUUUAUUAGUUUAAAUUUGAUUGUUCAUUGACUUGCCUUCGUGGACUACCAUGUACCUUGCAAGCUUUUUUGCCUUAGGGAGUUGAAGAGCCUUUGCAGUAGCAGACUGUUGACUUGUUGGAGCAGAUUGUCAAAACCUGGACCUACCGGUAAAAAGUAUAACUGGCUGAUAUGUUGAGCAUAUUGCCCAUUUCUUACAUUUUGUAUAUAUUUCUGCACUGUUUUUAUUUUGUGUUGGGAUGCUUACACCUUUUUCAAUUUUAAGAUCGUCCACUCUUUCUUUCUUUCGGAUCAGGAGUGUAAAUGAUCCUAUCUUGUAA